AUGAAGUUGUUAAGUGGCCUUAUAUGUCUACUUUUGCUGGCAUGCUUACCUUUUUCAUCGUCAGUCCCUACCCAAACGACUAUCAUCAUAAAAUAUGAUCCCACAUCAUGUUUAGAUAUCAAAUACUAUCGCCCAAAUGUUACCAGAAAUGGCUUUUACACAAUCUUCGACAAAGAAAAUGGGCUGCAUACAGUUUAUUGCGACUUCAAUUCGGAUAAACCUUUCGUUUGGACUUUAAUUGAAUCCUUCUCGCGUAAGGCAGGAAAAAGAUAUAGUAAUGUAAAAUAUCGUUUACAUUUCCAAAGGCCUUUUACUAUCAAUUAUCCCUAUAACGAAUGUCGCCCUGAUCAAUUUCAAGCUUAUCGUGCAUCUAAAGCUGUUAUGCAGUUAAUUAGGCACUCUCAGACGACUACACAUUGGAGAGCAACUUGUAAUUUUGAUCAGUAUGCUAUGGGCAAAGUCAGUACUUUCGGUCAUCGAGAUUAUGUGAGAGCACAUUUAUGCCGUCUUGAUAUGUCUACAUUUUAUAGUUCUGGUGGUGGUUGCUAUGAAAUGGAUUACAUCAAUAUUGGUGGCCAUGCAUGCGAAAAAUGUACCGUACCAUUUUAUAGUAAUAACGGCAUGCAUCCUGGUAUCAUGUCUAGUAUCUCCCCUACUCGUUGCAGUAAAAUGAAUUUUGGCCCAUUUGAAGCUCAGGCAUAUAAUUGGGGCUUCUAUAAUAUAAUCCACGAAAAAUUUUCAUGCUUAGCAACCGAACAUUCAACUACGAACUGGUGGUUUGGAGGAAUCUAUGAUGCAUUGGAUUCGAUGCAGAGUGUUAAGAAAGCAUAA